AUGGGUGAUGCAGCUAGGAUACGCAAAGCAUCCUAUCGCAGCGGCUUUACAACACCGCGUCUUCCUCCUUUUCUUUGCUUUAAAUUUGGCGGUGGUGCACGCCGGCCCCGGCCACCGCGGCGGAGGAGGAGUGCCUUCUGUGUCGUGUCGUGUCGUGGCGGAGAAGGAGAAGGAGAUGACGCCGCGGCGGCUCCCGAAGCGGAUCAUCCUGGUGCGCCACGGCGAGAGCCAGGGGAACCUCGACAUGUCCGCCUACACCACCACGCCGGACUACCGCAUCCCGCUCACCCCUCUCGGCGUCGACCAGGCGCGCGCCGCCGGCAGGGCCAUCCUCGACGUCGUCUCCUCCUGCUCCGGCGCCGGUGGCGGCGGCGGCGGGGCCAACUGGAAGGUGUACUUCUACGUGUCCCCCUACGAGCGGACGCGCGCCACGCUGCGGGAGAUGGGCGCCGCGUUCCCGCGCCACCGCGUCAUCGGCGCCCGCGAGGAGUGCCGCGUCCGGGAGCAGGACUUCGGCAACUUCCAGGUCGAGGAGCGGAUGCGCGCCGUCAAGGAGACCCGCGACCGCUUCGGCCGCUUCUUCUUCCGCUUCCCCGAGGGCGAGUCCGCCGCCGACGUCUUCGACCGCGUCGCCAGUUUCUUGGAGUCGCUGUGGAGGGACAUCGACAUGGGGAGGCUGGAGCAGGACGCGAGCUGCGAGACCAACCUGGUGAUCGUCUCCCAUGGCCUCACCUCGCGGGUGUUCCUCAUGAAGUGGUUCAAGUGGACGGUGGACCAGUUCGAGCGCCUCAGCAACUUCGACAACUGCGAGUUCCGCGUCAUGCAGCUCGGCCCCGCCGGCGAGUACAGCCUCCUCGUCCACCACACCCGGGAGGAGCUCCAGCGGUGGGGCCUCUCGCCGGAGAUGAUCGCCGACCAGCAGUGGCGCGCCUCCGCCAACCGCCGCAGCUGGGCCGACGACUGCUCCUCCUUCCUCGCCACCUUCUUCGACCACUGGAACGAUCAUGAAGACGACGACGACGACGAUCACGGGGAGGAAAAUGGCAAGAUCAACAAGCUGCUGCUGCUGGAGUAAUGAUCUUUUGUUCUUGUUUGCUUGGUUCUUUCUUUAAUUAUACUUCAAGCUGAAAUUCUUUGGAAUUUGAUUUGAUUGAUCGCCAUCGGGGCGACGCAUUAGCUGAUUCUUUUCUGUUUAUUCAGUAGCCUGUUCAUACAUAGUUGCUAGCAAUUACAUUGGAUAAAUACUAUAUAUGAUUUGGGGGAAAUGGAACAAAUCAAUUACAUCGAGUGCAAUGCAUCAUUGAUUUUCAGGCCUUUUGUUGUGAAUUCCAUUCGUAUUACUUCACUGUCAAAAGGGGAUCAUUGCACAUCUUCUGUAACUAACAACAGCCCCUUCUGUUGUAAACUCUGUCCUAUGUCAAAAACAUUUGAUUUGGGGGAAAUGCAGCAUAUUGGAAUCACAACAUCUAUG